AGUGGCGACUCCAGGGUGAUCUUUCAUUUUCAUUAUACAACGUGGCCAGACUUCGGAGUUCCUGAAUCCCCAGCUUCAUUCCUGAACUUCCUGUUUAAAGUCAGAGAGUCUGGGUCACUAAGUCCUGAGCAUGGACCUGCAGUAGUUCACUGCAGCGCAGGGAUAGGACGUUCGGGCACGUUUUCAUUAGUAGACACUUGUCUUGUGCUGAUGGAAAAAAAAGACCCAUUUUCUGUAGAUAUUAAGAAGGUAUUACUGGAUAUGAGAAAAUAUCGAAUGGGACUUAUUCAGACUCCUGAUCAACUAAGAUUUUCAUAUAUGGCUGUAAUAGAAGGAGCAAAAUUUAUAAUGGGAGAUUCAACUAUACAGAAACGGUGGAAGGAGCUCUCUAAGGAGGACCAGGCACCAAGUUCUGAGCAGUCUCCUCCGCACCCAACCAAAAUAACCACAGAGAAGUACAACGGGAACAGCAUAGGCUUGGAGAAUAAAGAUCAAGUGGAGAAAAUAAAUACUGACCUGUCCUCUAAAGCUCAAGAUAUCACAGAUGGAAACAUUGACAGUACUGUCCGAAAACGACUGCGAGAGGACAGAAAAGCUAACACAGCCCAGAAGCUGCAGCAGAUGAGGCAGAAGCUAAAUGAGACUGAAAGAAAAAGAAAAAGGCCGAGACUGACUGACACCUAAGCCUUCGGGACUUGCGAAUAUUCUGCAGCUAUAAACUGCAAAUUAUUGACAUGCAAAGCGAGACAUGAACCCCUCUUCGGGAACAAAGAGUGAGGUCUGUUAAGUACCAAGAAGACCUCAGUUAUCUGUUUACAGCGUAAACCGCAUCGAGGGGAUGAAGACCACCAGCAGCGCGCUACUUUGCAAAACAAAAGAAUUUGCUGUCUUGUGUUUUUAUAAUGCCUGUAUUAAUGUAGAAAGAUGUAAAAGAAAGAAAUCAGGAAAUAUUUUGGUUUGUACUGCCAUUCUUACUGUAUUUUUAUACUUUUUGGCAGCAUUAAAUAUUUUUUAAAAUUGA